AUGUAUCUAGGCCACACAAUACAGGCUGCGGGCUCAUUGUUGCUGCCUACCAGCAGGCCUAUCGCCGCCUCAGGGACAGGGCCCCUCUCUGUCUUGGGACGGCUCACCAUGCACCUCACCCAGCUCAACCGUGAGUGUCUCCUCCACCUUUUCUCCUUCCUGGACAAGGACAGCCGUAGGAGCUUGUCCCUUACCUGUAACCAGCUGCGUGAGGUCUUCCUGGACCCCUGCCUCUGGAACUUACUCCAUUUCAGCUCCCCGUGUCAGCUGAGAAGGGACAACUUUGUGCUGGGACCCUCAUUGCGUUACUUGACUAUUUGCUGGUAUUCCAGCCGGGUCCUGCAAGUGUGCAACAUUGAGGACUGGCUCAAGAGCUCGUUUCAGAAGGACAUCUGCAGUAGACAUGAGAGCCUGGUCAGCACUUUCCUGGCCCAUGUCUGCCACAUGUGUCCCAACCUGCUCGAGCUUACCUUGUCUGGCUGCGGACACAUCACUGACCAGGAAGUGAUCUCCGUGCUGCGGAGCUGCAGGAAGCUACGCUGCCUCCACCUGGAGAACUGCGUCCGCAUCACAGACUGCAGCCUGGAAGGUGUGGUGGCUCACGGAGACGGUCUGGAGGAGGUGAGGGUGGACUUCUGUAGGAAUAUCACUAAGGCGGGGCUGCAGGCUGUCAGGGAGAAGAGGCCGGGCAUACAGCUGAGUGCAGAGAGGAGCGCUGAUAUGAUCCCUGACAGCAAGCCUGAGGAGCGGGUGCCGCUUAAGAGGAUGCUGCAGAAAGUCCUGCAGUUCUCCUGAGGGAAGCACUUCACGUGAUUUCACAUGGACCACAAGAAAAAAACAUUUCUGUGAUAUUUGGACACCAUUUGAGGACUUGUCUCUGUUAUGCUCUUGUUUUGAUGUGUAUUUGUAUUUAAUAGAAGUGUUUUUGCACCCUUUUGAUAUCUUUUUGUACAACAUAUGUUGAAUAUGAAUCCUCCUUACAAAGAUGUGCUUUUUUAAGCUGUCUCUAUUCCAUGGUAUUCUAACCAGAGAGAAUUCCACACACACUCACAAAAAAGUCUUAUACACACAGGAGGCCUAAUCAGUAAUUGUUUAUCAAUUAACAUUGAAAUGAUUUGAUUUGUCAUUGUAGGAAAAAUGCUUAUUCACUAUUCUUGAAGUGAGUUAGAACAGAUGACUGAUACCACUUUCAUUUCUGUGCAGUAAAUAUGAAGCUAUAGCUGACAGUCACUUAGCUUAGUUUAGCACAAAGACUGGAAAUAGAGGGAAACAGCUAGCCUGGCUCUAUCCAAAAGUAAAAAUAAAUACAUCACUUGGCACAACAUAUGAUUCACUCAGUAAUUAACGUGUUAUAUCUUGUUUUUUAAAUCCAUACAAAAACCAAAGUAGAAAAACAUCAGUUCGCUGUUUUAUGGAGGGGGUUAUGUGCUGGAUUAUUUCUUGGCCAGGAAGAAACAGUCCCCACUGUAAAAUGACAAUUUUUUAUUUAUUUAUUUAUUUUUUUUACGUAUGAAAAUAAAUGAAACAUAACUUAUUAAUUAGUGGACUUCAGAUGCGCAGAGCCAGGCUAGCUGUUUCCCCCUGUUUCCAGUUUUUAUGCUAAGCUGUGCUAACCAGCCGCUUGCUCCAGCUACUUAUUUACAAUACAGAUGUGAGGGUGGUAUCCAUCAUCUCGACUAAUGCUCAGCAAGAAAGUGAAUAAGCAUAAUUCCCCAAAAUGGUGAACUUUUCUUUUAAUAGCAUAUGAUAGUUUAAUCAAAAUAUCCCCUUCCCCGAGGGAGUUAUGCACACCUACACGAUACAAAAGAGCAAAAGUUACAGUGUGGUUGCACUGUGCUCUGUCUCUGUCAUGGUAAGACAUGUCAGCGUUGGGAGGAAGGGUUCUCUGAGGGCAAGGUGGCCCUGUGCCUGAGCUGUGAUUGGAAUCAUGUUAUAUAAGACUGUGAGACAUACGAAAGUAGGUUGAUUAUGGGAGUGCAUCUGUCUGGAAAUGCCAUGUGACAAUUUCAGUGCAGGCUGCUGCUGUUGGGCACUCCCUGUCCUGCAACUGCAUCUCUUAAGAAUGACCAUGUUCUCACAGAAGGUCAGCUUAAUGAUGAUUAAGCCCCCCCCCAAUCUUACCAGGAUGCGUGCUUUUAAAAUAUUGUUCUUAAGAUGAUACUGAAUGUAGCAAAUUUUCCAUUUCCUUUUGUUUGUUUGUUUGUUUGUUUUUUUUUAACUUGCUGUGUGUUUUUUUUUACUUCUUAUUAGUUGCAAAAUGAAAUUUCGCCCAUUUUGUGAUGGACAAUAAAUUUUUUCUCCAUGUAAAGCUCCAUAAUGAUGAACCCCAAAAAAUUAGACCUGUUACAAUUUUCAGAUUUAUAAAAUUCAUAAAAACUACUCCCAUUCUAUGAUGGUGCUAAAUAGCUUAGGAAUAAUCAUUGAACACGUUUAUUUGGUGCUGUAAUUCAAAAACAAACAUAUAUACAAAUGAUUAUGACUCCAUGUAGAAUCACUACUGAGGCAAAAUGAGCCAUAAACAGUUGUGUGUCGAUGUAUAAUUGCAGAAUUAUUACACUGAUGAUUGUAUCUUAGUAAUAAUAACGAUACAAAAUGUUUCAGGAUCAAUUUUAAAAAUUCCGCCUGGCUUUUAGGUCAUUAGACAAACAUUACAAGUACACUGAAGAGUCAUUUUAUCUUUCUAGUAAAACCAAAACUUUGCAUAUUGAGUUGAUAAGAGUUAGAACACAUUCAAAUUAGAUAGAAUCAAAAUAACUUAAACAUUUUCUCCUCAUGAUAGCUCCCUAUAAUAUUUAAUAUACCAGGCUUACUGAAAACUAUAAUGCAACACACAGUGGUGGCACAAGAAAGCCCCCAAAGGUGGGUGAGGACAGUAUAGCAUGUGCUAUUUCAGUAUACAAUAAUGUGUGGUUUUCCGACAAAGAAAGCAACUCGAUAAAUCUCUGCUAUUGGACUGAGACAGAGGCUCACCGUUUAGAGGUCAGACAGCAAGUGAUAUAUUAUUUACUAUCAAGAAACAUGCCUUAAUAGCUAAGUGCCUUGCCAGGAUAGACCAUUAGGAGUUAUGAGUUCCAGGUGGGGAGACUCCUGAGGCACAUCCGGCUGCCUACAGCACUGCAACACAAUAACAGGACUGAGACAUGUAACUACACGAUGUUGCCAAAGCAUCACUGUUCUGCUUGUUCCUACUAAGGGCGGUGAUUUUUUUCUUUUUAUGGCCUAGGAUUUCAAAAGACCUGUUGCCCAGAUGUGUGUCCUUAAAAGCACUGCAAGCUAUUCGGUGUGAGUCAGCUGCAGCCUUUCUGUGACCACACCAAUACUGAUGUGCUUAACAUUGAAUGACUCCUCAUUUAUGCAGUUCUUUCUUUAUAUCUGAAUUGUGAAUCAAAUAUCCAAGCACAGCUUUGGCGCUGAUGGAAUCCAGGGAAAAGAAAUAAUUUGCAACGACAAACAAAAUGCCAGCUUGUGUUUGAAAAGAGUGGCUGCUUUGUUGAAUAUCGUUUCUUAUACUGUGAGAGAAAGUCACACUCUGAGCUGAAUGAACAUUUUCUGUGUGAGUGAUUUUAUAUCUAAAUUAUUCUGCAAGCUCCUAAAUACAUAAUAAGGAAAUUCACAGUAUCUGUCAUUCAGAUCUCAAACAUUUCAUGUAAUGCAAAUGUUAAUUUAUUGGACGUCCACUGGUACAUCCAGUGGAAUCGUGUUCUUGUGUUGGCCUUAUUCUGCUGUACAAAAAAUUGUUCAUGUGAGAACUCGCGUAAUAUAAGUCCUCCAAGAUCAAAUGUGGACCCCCCCAUGCGUCUGUCUCCACUGUGGAGUGUUAAGGGCCUAAAACUUGUUUAAGUAACCCUGCCUGAGGUUGAACAGACUUGGUUUGGGGGUUGGGGCUAACUAUGUCUUCAAACAGACCACACUUUGCAAUUAUAUCCCUCCUUUAUGAGAACAGUCUGCUAGAGGGUUCAUGUUCAAAAGGGCCUAAGUUGAAUAUUGUGUGAUCAGUUCUCUGGUUGAAACAUCAAUCAGGAUGAAACGUUUUUAUCUUUAUGACACUGCAUCAGAAAAUAUAUUAAAAAGAAGACGACAGAUUUGUUUGGAUGGCCUGAGGAGUGUUUCAGCUGACACACCGGAGGACACCUCAUUGCCAGUUUUCCCCUUUUUGCUCUCUCUUAUGUAACUCUACCACUGAGGACACAAAAUUGUUUAGAUUUAGCAUCUGCUUGUUUGCUGAUAUAAUUUCCAUAACACUUCACUCAAAUAAUCCACCCAACCGCUUCAGGUCUGGAAAAGGCACAUCAUCAGUGGUUUGAUGAUGUGCCUUCAAAUCCUUUACUAAAGCAAAAGUAACAAAACCACAUGUAAAAAUAUUCCAUUACAAGUACAAAUCCUUCACUCACAAUGUUAAACAGGUAAAAGUACAAAUCUAAUAUCAGCAAAAUGUACGUUAAGUAACAAAAGUAAAAGCACUCAUUAUGCAGCAGAAUAAAUAAAUGGAUAAAUGUACUUAGUUACCUGGCCAAACACGCACCUGCAAGAAUGGAGAAGGAACUCUGCAGACUCUGGGCCCUCACUGACACGUGCUAGGACUGAACUAAAUGAACAGUAAGAUUUCCAUUCUGUGGUCCUCAGAGAAAAUCAUAUAAAAGGCUAAUUCCAAGGGAUUGAUUAAAUUUGUUACUCUAGCUCCAUUAGAAUAACAAAUUUCAUUAAAAAAAUUUCAGCAGAGGGAAACAGCUAACUCUCUAAUCAUAUUAAUUAACCGCUCUGCUCUCAACAAGACACAUCACAUGGAGAGAUGAGAGACUGGAAUGUGAAUGAAGUGCCUUUUUUUUGUAUGUAGUUAGGAGGGUACAUGCUUAUUACAUUUUAAUGUCACACAAGUAUAAAUGAAUUUAAUUAUUAUUUGUUAGCGUCAUUUGUAUAAUAAAAUGUAGCCUAUUAUCAUAAACCAGGUACCUG